AUUUCAUGCAGGUCAGUGUGUCCAUGUAAACUCCUGCUCUGUUUAUUGCCAUGUUCCUUCACACUGUCUUCAUUUCAGAGAUGUACUUUAGGGCAGGGUAGAAUAAUUUUAUUGUUGCUAUUGUUAAAACAACUGAAGGUCGGGGUUCUUUGCUGAUCUACUACAAAUCAUGCAGAGAUUUGCCAUGUCACGUCUGGCCACUCUGGCAUAAAGAAAUACAACUUGGAGGGAAACUGGUCUCAUGCCCAAUAUGGGUGGGUUUCCCAAUUGUACACUGGGUUCUUUGGGUCACAUCUUGUGUUGGGUUAAAAGUGUAAAAUCAGAACAGUUGUUUAAAAAAACUUUUUUGACCUUGUCAAAAUUCUUUGCAUAUUUUGCAGGACAGACUGUUGUGCUCACACCUAUUGCAUUUUCAACUCAUCCAUACAGCCAACAGGAACAAUUCCUCAGCAUGUACUGUUUUGUAGUCUGAAAAGAUUUGCAAGAAUGAAGAUACGUCAUUGUCUCUAAAUUGGCAUGUUUUACUAAAAUGGGAAAUGGAAAUGCCAAAAGAGUGUCUCCUUUUUCUCCAAGGAACAGUAUGAAGGAUAAUUAUACAAGUAAAACCCAGGAAGACUUGAAGGAAAUAAGAAAAUUAUGUGAUCUGUCACUGGACAUAGAAACAAACUGCUAUAUCCAUAUCCAAGAAACUCAAAAUGAUGAUCAGGAUGUUGAGGAUAUAUUUUAUAGAUUUGUGAUUCUUCAUGCUGAAGACGAUGUAGAGGAAGCUGUCAGGGUCCAGGACUUACUACAGAAUGACUUUUGUAUUAAACCAGGAAUAGUCUUUGCUGAAAUGGCUAGUGGUAAGCAUCUGCUAGAAAAUUUAAAUGACGCUUUGAGAAGCUCUGCAUGGACAAUUAUUUUGUUGACUGAAAACUUCUUAAAUGAGCUCUGGUAUGAAUUUCAGUUUUAUACAGCAUUAUUUAGUGCACUGACCAUACCAAACAAACAAAGCACAGUCAUACCAAUGAGGCCACGGAAUAACCCGCUCCCCUGGGAAAGGACUCCUUUUAUUCUUCAGUCCAUCAGUACUCUACAAGAGGAUAGCCCUGGAUUUGCUGACCAAGUAAAAAAAAUCUUCCAGGAAGCUAGAUAUAAGCAACAGAAAGCACUAUGGGCAUACAGAAAGAAGGAUGAAGAGGCAUCAAAGCAGCUGGACUGGUGAUUAUAUGGUGACAGUUCCAGUGAAACUGAAGGUGCUUUACUUGAGCAUAGAGGCUAUGGUAUCCUAGUCUCUCUCUGCUUUGCUCAUCAUAUCUCAGAUGCCCCAAGCAAUUGCUUGGGUGCAAAUUUAUUCUUCAAAUGAGCAUUGUUAAGUAUUCCAAUCUCAUGACUCCACCCUUCUUGUGUUAAUAACUACUUCUAUAAUUCUCUGGCUCAUGGUGUACAGAAAGUCCUAGGUUAAAUCCCUGGCAUCUCCAGGUAAAGGAACCUAGAAUUUAGGGUUGCAAAGACCUUGGGUAAACACUGCCAGCCAGAGAGAAAAUACUGGGCCACAUAGAUGAAUAGCGGGGUACUGGGGUAGAUGGACCAGUGGUCUGAUGAGAACUAUAUAAAGCGAGGGGCAUCACUAGGGGGCAUGGGGUGUUGGACUGCACCAAGUGACAAACUAAAAGGCAUGACACCACUGCUCCUCAGAUAUUUGCCUGUUGGCAGAAAUGAGCCAUGGCAUUUGCUCGAGUUCCUUUAAAACGUUAAAGAGGUAGUAUGAGUGGGGUGAGGCUCAGUGGGAGGAUAAAGGAGAGGCUCUAGUUUUAAAUAUAUAUAUAUAUAUAUUCAUUUAAUAUUUUCUUUUAAAACAUCACAUCUUACCAAAUUUUCAC